GCAAUCCUCGGAAGGUUCGGAAAAGUAUCCAAAAGUCCUGCGCGAGGCGCGCCAAAAGAGAAAAAAAAAGGUACAACCCCCCACCCACUUCUCGAGCUUUUCAUUUGGACUGCACGUCGGUCUGCGCUGCACCCGCCUCCUGGACUCCUUCUAGGGAGCUAAGCGUCUUGUUGGGUGGAUCCGCGAGCAGGAGACGAAGCUCGAUGCCUAACGACGACUCAUUCAGCAAGCCUUCUACACCGACCGAGGCCCCGCACGCUCCGGGGGCUCCGCCGCAGGGCAAGGCCGGCGGCUACAGCAAAGCGGCCGGGGCGAUGGCAGGAGCGGCCGGGGGCUCCGGCGCGGGGAGCGGCGGAGGCGCCUCGGGCUCCGGGCCGUCGGGCCUGGGCUCUGGAAGCAAGAAGUCCCCGAGGCUGCCCAAGUGCGCUCGCUGCAGGAACCACGGCUACGCGUCGCCGCUCAAGGGCCACAAGCGCUUCUGUAUGUGGCGGGACUGCCAGUGCAAGAAGUGUAGCCUGAUUGCCGAGCGACAGCGCGUGAUGGCCGCGCAGGUGGCCCUGAGAAGACAACAGGCCCAGGAAGAGGAACUGGGCAUCAGCCACCCCAUCCCGCUGCCCAGUGCAGCCGAGUUGCUUGUCAAGAGAGAGAAUAAUGCCAGCAACCCAUGCCUGAUGGCCGAGACCAGCGGUUCUGCCCAGCCUCCACCUGCCAGUACCCCCAGCUCUGCUGCUUCAGAGGGACGCAUGGUCAUCCAGGAUAUUCCUGCUGUCACCAGCAGAGGGCAUGCCGAGAACACGCCUGACCUGGUGUCAGACCCCGCCUACUACAGCAGCUUUUACCAGCCAUCUCUGUUUCCUUACUACAACAAUCUGUACAACUACCCGCAGUACUCCAUGGCUCUGUCUGCUGAGUCCUCCUCUGCGGAUGUGGGAAAUCCCCUUGGGGGAUCCCCUGUGAAGAACAGCCUUCGGAGUCUGCCAGGACCGUAUGUGCCUGCGCAGUCUGGAAACCAGUGGCAGAUGAAAGGCGCGGAGAGCCGCCACCCGGUGGGCUCCCAGUACAGGAUGCACUCAUACUACGGGCCUCCCUCCUACCUGGGCCAGAGCAUGUCCCAGAUCUUCACCUUUGAGGACGGCCCCUCCUAUUCAGAAGCCAAAGCAAGCGUGUUCUCACCGCCCAGCAGUCAAGAUUCUGGCUUGGUGUCCCUCUCCAGCAGCUCUCCCAUGAGCAACGAGAGUACCAAGGGAGUUCUGGAAUGUGAGUCUGCACCUUCUGAGCCCAGCAGCUACACUGUCAACCAGGUCCUGGAAGAGGAUGAGGAUGAGUGAGCCGCUGGUCGGUAGACUCAGUGACCGGGUUGUAGGAGGCUUGUUCUGUUAUCGGCAGGGUUUGUUAUUUGAUUUGUCUUUUUCCGUUCAGAAGUUUUGGUUCAUAUAUUCCUUAGGGUUAGGUUAGAACACUUGUAACAGUGUAGGGUUCCCGACUACCAACUGCAAGGAUUAAGUGCCUGGCUCACCAAGUUUAAACCACAGUCGAAU